AUGGCUGAUGCUAUGAAUUUGAUAUCAGAAGAUGAACAAUAUUUGAGAAAACAUCAUUUACUGACUUAUGUUGAGGAUGGAGUUGCUCAGUUGGUUAGGUAUAAGGAAGAACAUCCGCAAGUUAAUCCCAACAAAUUUCUUCAUGACUAUUUUACAAGUGUCCAUAAGGGAAAUCAUAUCCUCUAUAGAGAAUAUUCAUUUGUUCGAGAGACGCCUUAUAAUCGUUCGUGUUUUAUUGCCAUGUUUAGUAGAUGUUUUCACCAUCUAGGAGAAAAAAAAGAACUAUUCAAUGCUAAAGAAUACCAUUCUCUACUGACAUUGAUAUGUGCAGAUUUUCCUCCAAGUAUAGUAGAAGAUGCGAUAAGACUAUUCCUAGGAGAGGAUGUAACAGAUUUAUCCAUUAUUUUUUCUGAUUUCCUUAUGGCAUUUCAAUUCCGAUUCUUUUAUGAUGAAUUCGUCGAAGACAGCAAAUACAUCUUUGAUGCAGCUAAAUCCAAUCCAAUUUCCAGCCGUAGCAUUCCAGCAACGGAGAACUUCUUAACGAGUGCUACUUCUACAGGCGAGAAUCUAUCGAGGGAAGAAUAUUUCGCCCAGAAUACUCCCAUAAAUAUUGUUAAUCAGUUAUAUCCACCCUCUGAUAGUGGUCGGAAGCUAAAGCCUAGCAUAGUUACAAUUCAAGAAGUUAUAGCUGAUUCUAUGGAAAUAGACUGCCGUCAAUUUUUGAUAAGCUUAGCACAAAAUGUACAUGUUAGAAAUGAAAUAGGGUAUAAAAGACGCUCGAAAUUACUGUAA